GGUAGUUGUCUUUAGCCAGUGAAUGCUCAGGAGCAUUGGAAGUUGUGUUCAUGCAGUCCUGCUCCCAUGUGGACCUCGCAGGAAAUGAGAUGUGGAUUUUUGCUGUCUGAAGAAGAAGAAUGACACAAAGCUAAUGAGAGACAUCUAAAGAUUAUUUUUCUCCUUUGACUGCAUCCGCUGCCCACAACCACCAGUAAGAAAGAUGAAGGUGAAAUGGACCAUGCUGGGUAUGGUUGUCUUCUUUCUGCUCUCUGUGGUCAUGACCUGCUGUUUCAUAUGGCAGUAUAGGAUGCCAAAGCUCAAGACAGAAGUGGUUAUAAAAGAAGUGACAAUAGAGGAAAUGUGCCCUCACUUCCCUGAGCCUGUGCCCCUCAAACAUCCAAUCACAUCGCUAAGGGCAGCCUUAGAAAAGAUAGAUGUACUCCUGAGGUCGAGCGUUCACACCACCAAGUUGCCAGCCAUAUCAGCCAUCGUGCUUUUAAAUGACUCUGUUCUGUGGAAUGGAAACUUUGGCAAGAAGAACAUAAGUGACCCCUCCUCAUCUGCACCCAAUGAGUACACAGUGUACAGAAUUGCGAGCCUCUCUAAGAUCUUCCCCGUGCUGAUGCUUUACAAGCUGUGGGAGGAUGGCCUGGUGGACUCUCUGGACGACCCUCUGGAAAAGUACGCAGAUAACUUCACUAUCAAAAACCCGCUGGGGAAAAGCGGGGGGCAAGCAUCCUCGUCAGUCAGGACCCUCGGCAUCCGCACUCCUGCACUCACCCUGCGCAGGAUGGCUAGCCAGCUCUCUGGGUUACCCAGAAGAUUAAGGUCAACUAAUCUCCUUUGGAGUGGAGACACAGAGGCAGCCCUUACAUUGUUACAGGAUGAUGUCCUCGUGGCAGAUCCAGGCACCAAAUGCCACUACAGCAAUGUUGCUUUUUCCUUAUUGGCCAACGUCUUGGCCCAGAAGGUGACUAACUCAGACUUUGAGAGCUGGGUGUCAGACAACAUUCUGGAGCGGCUCAGAAUGGAGGACACUGGUUUCAACUUAACACCAGCAGUCCAGAGGCAGAUGGCUGUGGGUGUGUACAGCAAUGGCCAGCUGGCUCCCCUGUACAACCUCGGCUGGUACCGACCUGCAGGCCAGAUGUAUUCCACAGCAGCUGACAUGGCCAAGCUCAUGAUGGCUCUUCUGGGAGCUUACGGUGGGACUCUGCUCCGCCAGGACACCCUAAACACCAUGCUGACCCCAGUCUUCCAAUGCCACAGCAGCUACUUCACUAAUUCCACCGGCUCACCGUGGGAGAUCAACAAGCAGUUCGGCUAUGAUGUGGUGAAGAAGGAUGGUGAUCUGGACGGUUACGCAGCCACACUCUCCCUGGUGCCACGGCUAAAGCUGGGACUAGUGGUCCUGAUGGCUGGGAUUCGGCCUGUAGACCAGGACCUUGUAAGUAAGGCCUACAGCUAUCUCAUCCCUGCAGUGGAGAGUGCUUUCAGGGACGCUCAACCAACUCUCAGACCACCACCCAACCCAGCUCCAUAUGUGGGCUUUUUCACAUACAGGAAUAUGACUUUUUAUGAGAUUAAGGUGGACUCAGACAGGGUGCUGGUCAUGCAACAGUUUGGACCACAGGUGGACACAACUGUGCCAUCCAAAUACAGAACUAUUCGGCUGGAUUACCUGCAAGAAAGGGUGUUCAGGGUGGUGUUUGAGAGCCCGUACCCCUGCAAGCUGAAGGUUAACAGCGCCUCAGUCUCCCUGGAGGCACAGGACAGACAGCUCUUCAACUUUUAUCUCUUCAACAAAAAAGGUGUGUCGCCAGGGUUUGAUUCCCCAGGGCUCAACACUUACAGGGUGACAAGAAUAGCCAGCAGACCAUACUUUACUUCAUAAAGACAGGAGUUCAAUUUAGAACACAUUUGUCACUGUAACUGAGGGCUUGUGUCAAGGACAAAUGCAGUUGGAAAUCUUAUCGAUUGUCGAGGUAUUUGUCUGUUGGGUAAGCAGUCACAUGUGGUUAUGAACGUGACUUAUCUGAACUUGUUAUUGUGUUUCUGCUGGUUU